ACUCGCGCGCGUCCGGUCCGUCCCCACUCACACACUCACUCCCACUCCCCCUCUUUACUCCCCACGCCGCCGCGCCGGGCCGCCGACAAGCCACGCCUCCCCGGUCCCCACCCCACCUCGCGCCGGACCGCAGCGCAGCGCAGUGCGGCCGUGCCAUCAAUCCACCAUCCACCCUCGGCGCUCAGGCGAUGGCGGGCCGCUCGUCGUCGUCGUGGGGCCCGAGCCCCGCGGCGGUGACGGCGCUGGUGGCGCUGCUCGGGCUCGGCGUCGCGGCAUACAUCGUCGGCCCGCCGCUCUACUGGCACGUCGCCGAGGCGCUCGGCGGCUCGGCGGGAGCCUGCCCCGCGUGCGCCUGCGACUGCGACGCGCUCCCGCUGCUCCAGCUCCCCGAAGACUGUGCCAAGCAAUUCAAAGAGGUCAAGAAUCAUGCUUCCGGUGAAGAAACAGAGUUACUAAUAGAAGAGCUAAAGCAGAGAGAGGAGGAUGCAACAGAAGCUCAGCAACAAGCCGAUGUAAAGUUGCUCGAGGCUAAAAAACUAGCUUCGCAGUAUCAAAAGGAGGCUGACAAAUGCAGUUCAGGUAUGGAUACAUGUGAAGAAGCUAGGGAGAAGUCAGCAGAGUCGCUGCUCGGUCAAAGGAAAUUAACUGCUUUGUGGGAGGAAAGAGCUCGGGAACUUGGAUGGAAACCCGGGAAUGUCAAACCACACCUGAAUCAGUAACGAACACUGGAGGACGGUGAUUGAUACAGCAUGCCAACCAAUAGAGAUCUUAUUACAAACACCCUCCCUCGGUGAUAGUGGCAAGGAAAAAGGGUUUCAAUUCUGGUGACCUUGCCUCACUUUGGGCCACGACGAGUUCCUUUGUCCAUAGUUAUUUUAUAUUGGGUUUGUCAGCAUUGUCACCAACGUCCAUAGCUGUUCGUCAGCAUUGUGUUAAAAUGGCCACAGAAUGACACUCAUCGCCUGUAAGUCUUUAAAGGGUGAUCAGUUUCUUGGUUGUUGUUUAUGAAUUAUGGUAGUAAAGAAGGAAUUGCUCUUAUUUCUACAGAGUUGUGGACUGGAUAGUUGUUAAUGAGUUGUGACAUUCUGUUUUCCCCAAAUUCUCAUGAUAUUUUGAGAUGAAGAUGGUGUAGUAUAUAUUUAUUUGAGAUGA